AUGGCGACCCUGCCGGUAGGGGAGGACAAAUGGCUGGAUUACGUCGCUGAGAACAGCCGUCACGCCAACGACCUAGAGAAGCGUGUUCACGUCAUCGAACUGUUCAAACACGCCGUGGAGGCCGAACCCAACAGCGUCAAGGUCUGGCGCGCAUACUGCGAUUACUUUUGGUCCCUUUACGUCGCCAGUCAGUCCUACGAAGCAGGAUGGUCCGAUGAGGAACGCCGCAUGGGCUGCGAGCUCUUUUCUCUCAACGCCGCCCUCUCACUGUGGCAGCAAGGCUACGAAGCAAUCCAAUUCCGAAUCAGCGACAGUCACGACCUCUGGGACCGAUGGAUUUCCCUCGAAAGCGGCCUGCUCGCACGCUCGCGCACCGCAGAGGGGAUCCGCCGCAUCACAUUCCUCUACACCGAUCGACUACAAGUUCCACAUGUCACCCGCGACAGUACUGCGCAAGCCUUUUCCGAGUUUUUAUCGACCUAUAACAAGGCCGCCUGGGAGGAGACAAUGCAGGGGAUUACUGCCAACCCAAAGUCCCAAGAGGCCAAGAAGUUGACCGAGGAUCGAGACCACCACGAAUUGAAGUUGCGCCAAGCUUCUCGCGAAGGGAAGGAUGAAGUUUAUCGCAAUCUCCUCAGAGAAUAUCUUGAGUGGGAGUGCGCACAGAGCAAGCGAAGCAACAAGCAGGCAGAGGCUACAGGCGACCUCUGCCGGGGACUCUACGCCAGAGCCUUGACCGGCACCUUUGCCUUCGACGAUUCCACCUGGAACGAAUAUGUCCGCUUUCUAUCUACGUCUGGAACAUAUGCCCAGUCGCCCCAGGGCAUGGUUGAUGUAUUGCGUCGGGCUGUUGAUCACUGCCCGUGGUCCGGGGCCAUUUGGUCGCGCUACAUCCUGACCGCCGAAGACGCCAAGCUCCCCUUCAACGAGAUCGAGCAGAUCAAGCAUAAGGCGACGAGCAACCCCGAGCUUUAUAAAAAUGGCAUGGCUGCGCUCCUCGACAUGUACGCUGCCUGGUGCGGGUUCCUCAAGCGAAAGGCAAUGGAUCUGAACGCAACCGAUGAGGAUGUUGAUAUCGCUGACAUGGGUUUGCGCGCUGCACUCGAAUUUGUUGACCAGGCGAAGCAUCGAUACGGCGACAGCUACAGAGGCGACCCUAAUUUUCGUUUGGAGCGCAUAUACAUUCAAUACCUGACCGAGAAGAAACGCAACGUUGACGAAGCGAGAAGCGAGUGGCACAAGCUGGCUGAGAAGCAGUUGUACGCUGAUAGUUAUGACUUCUGGCUGAACUACUACCUCUGGGAAAUGAUGAUAUUUGCCUCCAAUGGCAAAGAUCGCAGUCCUACACCAUCCACUGCUGCGAUUGGCCUGAGGGUGCCAUCGGUGGCCACGGCUGUCCUUGGAAGGGCUAUCAAAAGAAAAACCUUGGAUUGGCCCGAGAGGGUCAUUGACGUUUACGUCCAGCACUGCAAUGACUACGAGCUCCCCAGUACGGUCCGUAUCGCUAUCGACACAGUCUACGAAACCCGCAAGGAGGUCUCCAAGCGGCGCGAGAGAGAGGCAGCCCAGGCAGCUGAGUAUUACGCUGCCCAGGCUCAAGAACAGCAAACUGCCUACGCAGCUCAAGUGGCGGAUGAUGACUCGUCUUCCAGCUCCAAAAGAAAGCGGGAAGAGGAGGCUGAUACGGCUGACGAGACCUCCAACAAACGACCCAAAAGUGAGGCUACAGAGGCCGAGAUGGCUCUGAAGCCUCAGGGCCUGAAAAGAGACCGAGAAAACACGUCGGUUCUCGUUAGCAACCUCCCUGCUGAAACAACCAAAACCAAGAUACGCCAGUAUUUCAAAGAGUAUGGCCAUAUUGUCGAUGUAACGGACCCUGCCAUUGACCCUCCAGAAAAUACCCAGACUGUCAUGGUAGAAUUCAGGACCCCGGAGGAGGCUCAAUCGGCUCUGCUCAGAGACGGGAAGUACUUUGGACAAGCACAGAUCAGCGUCCAACCCGGCACUGAUCUGACCGUCUACGUCACCAACUACCCACCCACAGCGGACAAGACUUACCUCAGAAAUCUCUUCAAAGAUUGUGGCGAGAUACUGAGUAUCCGGAUGCCCAGUUUGAAGGGCAAUGUUCAUCGACGCUUCAGUUACGUGACGUUUCGGGCCCGUUCGUCUUCUGCCAAAGCAACUGCUAAGCAUGGCACUGUUCUCGAUGGAAAGUUCAAAUUGGUGGCCAUGUAUUCUGAUCCGUCCCGUGCGAAGAAGCGUCAUGGCGCCAUCGAGGAGGGUCGAGAACUUCACAUCACCAACCUUGACGUCGCGGCCGUUGAAGAUGACGUGCAAAAGGUCUUUUCGAAAUACGGAACCGUGAAGCGCGUCAGCAUCCCAAGAAACAUGGCCGGUAAGGGCCAUGGGACAGCCUAUGUAGAGAUGGGAACCAAGGAGGAGGCUGAGAAGGCUGCGUCUGGGCUGAACAAUGUGAACUUUCGUGGCAGCGUCAUGACUGUACAGAUAUCGACACCCAGCAACUUCAAGAGGUCGGCGGCUGUUUCGAAAGAGGGCGCAUCUCCAGUGCCAAGUCGGGACGAUGAAGGAGACGCGACGAUGGGAGAUGAUAAGGGUGAUACCGCUAGCCUUCAAGGUGGACCAAAUCGUGCUAAGAUUGCCUUGAGGAGUAUCGCACUUUUGAAUAUCCCCGACACCGUCAAUGAUGCGCGGGUGAAGGAAAUUGUUGACAAGGUUGGAGGGUUCAAGAGCUUCGUUCUCCAGCCUAGUCACGGUGGCGCCAAGAUCGAGUUUGAAGACGAACCGAGCGCCGGCCGCGCCAUGCUCCAGCUUGAUGGUUAUGUCUUGGAUGGCCGUAAGUUACGGACUGGGUCCAUUGAGGAACUCAAACGGGCCAAGGGGGAAUUUCGAACAGACAAGAUCAUAUACGGUACUGGCGGGAAGAAGCAGACCGACAAGGCUUCGGCGCCCACAAAGACUGGCAGUGGCACUGCAUUCAUCCCACCAUCCACGGCUGUAAAGCGGCCAGUCUUGGGCAAGGGCGGUGCCAAGAGAGGACUGGGUUUUAUGCCCAAGGCUUUGAGCGUGGGAGGGGUUGAUCAGGCCGCAAUUCCACAAUCAGUAUCCAAAGCCAACGGUGCUAGUGGGGAAACGGAGACUCGGAAACCGAUGAAGAGUAAUGCCGACUUCAAGGCCUUGCUUAUGGCCACGACUACUACAACUAAUGCGUCCAAGGAAGCAGAAAUUGAGGGGGGAAACGGCAGUAGCCAGGUCGCAGAAGACCAUCAUUAA